CAAGAAAGCUGUAAACAGAACCACCACCUGCCGAAUAUUAAAACAAACAGCAUGGAUUGUAAAAGAAGAGGGUAAUGAGGUAGGCAGAGACCAGCAAGACAUCUUAUGUUAUAUUAGGGAGAUUUGAAUAUGUUUUUUGUGUAAUAAGGCUUUUGAUCAGGAAAAGCUAUUUGAGAAGAGAUUAAAGGCUAGGAUAAGAGCUAGGAGGCUAUUACCGUCAUUCAGAGAAGAUGAAUGUCUGAAAAGGAGGGCAGGGUGGCAUGAUACUAGUUGGAAUAACAGGAGAGGAAGAACUCAAGGAAUAUUUAGUUGAUAAAAUCUGUCAGAACUGGUAAAGUGUUGGAUGGGGUGAGGUGAAAGAGGGGAGGAGUCAAGAUUAUAUACACCCAGGUUUCUGGUUUGAGUAAAGAAGAGGUGAUGGGCUGAAUCAGAAGAUUAGAAAACCUACACCUCAGGGGAUAUGGUGAUGGUUGUAAAAAGCAUCUGGUAUUGUCCUUCUGCCACUGUCUUAAAAGGGAUUCUAAAGGGAUUUUCUAUCCCUUGUUCCUCCAGCCCUACACUUGCGUUACUGGCCUAAGUAGAUACUCACCAGCUGGCCGUGUCCAUCAUUACAGCCAAGUCUGAGAAUUCCUGAUUAUACUUAGAGCCUGUGGAGCUGCUGACACAAACAGUCAUUAGCAGACGUCUCUUUUGUAACAACUAUGCUUUAAAAUGUAAACUGUGGGGGCAUUUUCCUUGCUUUGUCCAGAAGGAACUUUCUCCUGCCUGAGCCUGGAUUAAUCAUGAGAGAGCUGGUCAACAUUCCACUGGUACAUAUUCUGACUCUGGUUGCCUUCAGUGGGACUGAGAAACUCCCAAAAGCUCCUGUCAUCACAACUCCUCUUGAAACGGUAGAUGCCUUAGUGGAAGAGGUGGCUACAUUCAUGUGUGCAGUGGAAUCCUAUCCCCAGCCUGAGAUUUCCUGGACCAGAAAUAAAAUUCUCAUUAAGCUCUUUGAUACUCGGUACAGCAUUCGGGAGAAUGGGCAGCUCCUCACCAUCCUGAGCGUGGAAGACAGUGAUGACGGCAUUUACUGCUGCAUAGCCAACAAUGGCGUGGGAGGAGCUGCGGAGAGUUGUGGAGCUCUGCAAGUGAAGAUGAAACCAAAAAUAACUCGCCCUCCCAUAAAUGUAAAAAUAAUAGAAGGAUUAAAGGCAGUUCUGCCAUGUACCACAAUGGGCAAUCCCAAACCAUCAGUGUCAUGGAUCAAGGGAGAUGCUGCUCUCAGGGAAAAUUCCCGCAUUGCAGUUCUUGAAUCUGGGAGUUUGAGGAUUCAUAAUGUGCAAAAGGAAGAUGCAGGACAUUAUCGAUGUUUGGCAAAAAACAGCCUUGGGACAGCAUAUUCCAAAUUGGUGAAGCUGGAAGUUGAGGUUUUUGCCAGAAUCCUGAGAUCUCCUGAAUCCCACAAUGCCACGUUUGGUUCCUUUGUGACCCUGCGCUGUACAGCAACAGGAAUCCCUGUCCCCACCAUCACCUGGAUUGAAAAUGGAAACGCUGUUUCUUCUGGGUCCAUUCAAGAAAGCGUGAAAGAUCGAGUGAUUGACUCAAGAUUGCAGCUGUUUAUCACCAAGCCAGGACUCUACACGUGCAUAGCUACCAAUAAGCAUGGAGAGAAAUUCAGCACUGCAAAGGCUGCAGCCACCAUCAGUAUAGCAGAGUGGAGUAAACCACAGAAAGAUAACAAAGGUUACUGCGCCCAGUACAGAGGGGAGGUGUGUAAUGCCAUCCUAGCCAAAGAUGCUCUUGUUUUCUUCAACACUUCCUACACUGACCCUGAAGAGGCCCAAGAGCUACUGGUCCAUACCAGCUGGAAUGAACUGAAAGAAGUGAGCCCACUCUGCCGGCCAGCUGCUGAGGCUCUGCUGUGUAACCACAUCUUCCAAGACUGCAAUCCUGGAGCAGUACCUACUCCUAAGCCUAUCUGCAGAGAGUACUGCAUGGCAGUAAAGGAGCUCUUCUGUGCAAAAGAAUGGCUGGCGAUAGAAGAAAAGACCCACAGAGGACUCUACAGAUCUGGGAUGAAUCUGCUUUCCAUGCCAGAAUGCAGCAAGUUUCCCAGCAUGCACUGGGAUCCCAUGGCCUGUACCAGACUGCCAUAUUUAGAUUUUAUAAAAGGAAACCUAACAACAUUCCCACCAAUGCCAUCCUCAAAGCCAAGUGUGGACAUUCCAAAUUUGCCCUCCUCCUCCUCUUCCUCCUUCUCUGUCUCACCCACAUACUCCAUGACUGUAAUAAUUUCCAUCAUGUCCAGCUUCGCAAUAUUUGUGCUUCUCACCAUAACUACUCUUUAUUGCUGCCGAAGACGAAAACAAUGGAAAAAUAAGAAAAGAGAAUCAGCAGCUGUAACUCUCACCACUCUUCCUUCCGAGCUCUUGCUAGACAGACUUCAUCCCAACCCCAUGUACCAGAGGAUGCCACUCCUUCUGAAUCCCAAAUUGUUCAGCCUGGAGUACCCAAGGAAUAACAUUGAAUAUGUGAGAGAUAUUGGAGAGGGAGCGUUUGGAAGGGUUUUUCAAGCAAGGGCUCCAGGCUUACUUCCCUAUGAACCUUACACGAUGGUGGCAGUGAAGAUGCUCAAAGAAGAAGCCUCAGCAGACAUGCAAGCUGACUUUCAGAGGGAAGCAGCCCUCAUGGCAGAAUUUGAUAACCCAAACAUCGUGAAACUCUUAGGUGUGUGUGCUGUCGGGAAGCCUAUGUGCCUACUCUUUGAAUAUAUGGCCUAUGGCGACCUCAACGAGUUCCUCCGCAGCAUGUCUCCUCACACCGUGUGCACCCUCAGCCACAGCGACUUGUCUGUAGCGCAGGUCUCCAGCCCCCGGCCCCCGCCUCUCUCCUGUGCUGAGCAGCUCUGCAUCGCCAGGCAGGUGGCUUCUGGCAUGGCUUACCUGUCAGAGCGCAAGUUUGUCCACAGGGACUUAGCCACCCGGAACUGCCUCGUGGGUGAGAACAUGGUGGUGAAAAUUGCUGACUUCGGCCUCUCCAGGAAUAUCUACUCAGCCGACUACUACAAAGCUAAUGAAAACGAUGCUAUCCCUAUCCGUUGGAUGCCACCCGAGUCCAUUUUCUAUAACCGCUACACCACAGAGUCUGAUGUGUGGGCCUAUGGUGUGGUCUUGUGGGAGAUCUUCUCCUACGGCCUGCAGCCCUAUUACGGGAUGGCCCACGAGGAGGUCAUUUACUAUGUGAGAGACGGCAACAUCCUCUCCUGCCCUGAGAACUGCCCACUGGAGCUGUACAAUCUAAUGCGUCUGUGUUGGAGCAAGCUGCCUGCGGACAGACCCAGUUUCACCAGUAUCCAUCGAAUUCUGGAACGCAUGUGUGAGAGGGCAGAAGGAACUGUGGGUGUCUGAGGUUGAAGUGUUCAAAUAAGACGUUGCAAUCUCCUCUCAGACUCUGUGAGCCAGAGGAAUUCAAAACCAGAGGCCCAAGAAGACCCAGAUAGGAAAGAAUAACAGCAGACAUGAAUAGCGUAUUGCUUGUUUCCCAGGAAAAACAAAGGCAGUUCAGGACUCAUAUAGCAGAUGGACCGAUGGCAAAUACAGGCUAAGAAAUGUGUCAGAUACCAAGAGAUAAGUACUCUCCCUCUUGGGGAAUGUUUGUAUUACCUAUUGUUCAAGAAAGGAUGUCAUCUGUUCAGUUCCUGAAUUACCAGGCAGCAGAGUAGGGCUCUGCUGUAUUACAUUUUAAUAUGAAAUGUGAUACAAAAUUUCAUUUUUAAUAAAUUUAGAUCCUGUCCAGUAUGAAAGUAAUAUAUCUUCAAGUAAAAAAUUUAGGUGAAGUACAGAAAACCAGAAAGAAGAAAAAAACCACCCAUUGUCUCACCACCUCAAGAAAGGUGUUAGUUUUUUGUUGCAUUUCUUUCAUGUAUUUAACGCAUAGCUUU